AUGGCCUCUGCAGCCUCGGUCGACCGUGUUUGGGCGCUUCACGACUUUGAAGCAGAGAAUCCGGACGAAGUCUCAUUCAAGGCUGGCGAGAGCAUCCUCGUCGUAGAAAAGGAUGACGAGUACGGCGACGGAUGGUGGCAAGGCACCAACGAAAAGGGUCAUACCGGUCUCUUCCCCUUCACUUACACCACCCUCGAUCGCAAACUCGCUCUCAGUGCGAAAUCGGGCAAUGCAACUCCAGACGCACUCGGCACACCUCUCCCAUCCGGCAACAAGCCUGGCGUGAUGCAUUCCACCAUGGCCGACAUUGACAAUGCCCUCACCGAGUUCCAAAGCGAGCGCAAGCCACCUAGCGUCAACGGCAGCACAGCGGGCGCUGCUGCUAUUCUCGGUGUCAACUCGGCCGCCGAUACAUCUCGUGCAUCUUUCAACAGCGAGCGAACCGACGCAGACGACCAAUCCGACCAUGUCGGCGAAUCCGACGAUUUUGCCACCAGGUCCAUCGCCACUCGGGCCGCUCUCGCCGCCAAUGCCCAGAAAAACCUCGCCAGCGAUGCAGAACGCCAAAAGCAGGAGGAGCAACGCAUGCGUGCACAGGCUCAACGCGAGUUUGAGGAAGAGGAGGCACGUCAACGCGAGUUGCUUCUGGAAAAAGAGAAGGAACGCCAGGCAAAGUUGGCCGCAGGUGAGCUCGAUCCUGCCGAGGAAAAGUCCAAGUCUGCACCCAUCGCCGGCGUGGAUAUGAGCGACGAGAGCGACAGCGAGGGAUCCGUCGGCCCGCUCGACGACUUCCAGGACAAAACCCACAGCCCCCUCUUUGGCAAUCUCGCUUCAACGCCCACUGAAGGUGUCACGGCGCGUGAAAUCAAGCCGCCCACUUCCAACCUGCAAGAGAUCGUCGAGAAUCAGGCUCUCCCACCGCAACCCCUAACACAGUCCACCGAAACACCAGCAGCGGUCUCGGCGCCAGCAUCCGCACCGCUCGUGUCGAAUGAUUUCACACCUUCCGUCGCCCCAGAUACAAACGCUGCACCCGUCGCGGCUACCCAGGCCAAUUCGUCCUCCGUUCCAGCGCCAGCUCUUGCUGCUGGUGUCGGAGCUGUCGCGCUCGGCGGCGUCGCCGCUUCCUUUGCUGGCGUGGCAUCUCAUGACCGAUCCGCCAACGCCUCUUCUGUCAUCGACCAUGGCCCGCCGGCCGCCGAUGAAAGCGUUCGUUCCAUCGCUGGUGACAGCAUCCAGACCGGGACGGGCACCGGUGCCGCUACCGGCACUGCCACCGCUGCCACUUCGAUAGCCGCUCCGACGAGCGAAGACGUGAACCAAGGCUCUACCGCGAAUGGCUCUGCCGCUGCUGCUGCUGCUUCCAAGCCUCUCGCCGCUGCAUCCGGCAAUUUGCCAAGUGACCCGACCGAGUGGAACGUCGAUCAUGUCGUCGAGUGGGCGCGCUCCAAGGGUUGGGAUGAAGCUGCGGUCGUCAGCAAAUUCCGCGAGCACGAGAUCUCCGGUGACGUGCUUCUCGAGAUGGACAUCAACAUUCUCAAGGAGAUCGACAUCCUCGCGUUCGGCAAGCGCUUCCAGGUCGCCAACGGCAUCAAGGAGCUUCGCGCGCAGAUGCCUGGCACGGCGACCACUCCAGGCGUGUCGCAACCCAAUCAGGAUGGUCUCGGCAGUCCGGCCAUGAUCGCGCCUGGAACGCCUACCUAUUCGCCAUACAAUGCUGCCUCGCAUAACAGCAGCAAUGCGGAUGGACGCAGCCUCAGUGCACGCAUGGCCGAGACCAGCCUGGACCAGAGUGUCGCACCCAGCUCGAACCGACCCGACAGCUACCGCGACGACCCUCGCGAUUCGUUUGGCGGGCCUGCGCAGGGUUUCGGCGGACAAGGCUUCGGGGGCGCAGCCGGCGUUGCGGCUUGGCAGGCACAGCAGGCGGCUGGACAAGGAUACGGCUCUCGUCAACCCAGCGAAGGUUUCGGGCGAGGCACAGGCGAUGCCCCUCUCUCGACUCCACCCAUCAACCAUUCGCAGUUCGGCAUGCAAAGCCCGCGUUACGUGCCCACCAAUGGCGCCGCCAACGAAGACAGGCUUGGAGCGCUGCCGACUUCGCCACGCAAGCGCGAGUCCACCGGAUCAGCGGGCGCUUCGGAAAAGAAUAAUCGAUCGAGCUUCUUUGGUCUGGGCCAACGCAACCGCAAGCCGCCUCCCAGGCAAGCUGGACCGGGAAGCAGCGGUCACGACGAUGACAGGGGCAGCAGUAAAGGUACUCUGUCGCGACUUGGUUUCGCGCGCAGCUCGAGGAACAUCAGCUCGCAGUCGUCGCAGUCCAACAUCAAAGAGCAGAUCUCGCUGCCUACUUCGAGCCCGCACUUUGAUUCGAACGGCGACACGGCUCGACGACAGAGGCAGUCGACGGGUGGCGCGACCAUCAUGGGCACCCCGGGUACGCCGGGCACUCCUGGGAUGGGCAUGGCGGCCAACGCGCGUCCUACGAGCAUCGGAUCUGCCGGAGCUGAUGCGCAAGCCGCACCCCCCUCUGCUGCUGCCGGUGGCGUUGCUGGUGCCGGAGCUGCGGGAGAUGCCGCUGCCAAUGGACCCGUCAUGUCUCGCAUCCAACCUGUCGACCUGGAAGGCUGGAUCAAGAAGAAGGGCGAGCGGUACAACUCAUGGAAACCGCGCUACCUCGCGCUCAAAGGACCGGAUCUGGUCAUCUUGCGCGACCCACGUGCCGAAAAGAUCAAAGGCUACGUCAACAUGAAAGGCUACAAAGUGAUUGCCGACGAAAACACCAACCCGGGCAAGUACGGCUUCAAGAUCCUGCACGAGACCGAGAAGCCGCACUACUUUAGCAGCGAAGAUCCGAUCCUGGUGAGGGAGUGGAUGAAGGCGCUGAUGAAGAGCACGAUCGGCAGGGAUCACAGUUUCCCGGUGAUCUCGAGUUACAACAAUGCGACGAUCAGUUUGAAGGAGGCGCAGAAGAUGAACCCGCCGCCGAGACCGCCCAGCCCGACGAGCAGGGCAAGGACGCAGAGGGCAAAGGCGAGGCCGAAUCCGGAACAGUUGACCGCCAGGGAUGCGGCAAUUCUGAUGAACUUGACCAGUGGACAGCCGACGAAGGCGGAUGAUUUGUAG